ACAAACAGAGACACCUGUACACACACACAGACAUGUACAUACAUACACACACAGAAACAUGUACACACAUAUACAGAUACAUGUAUACACACAGGCACGUACAGACACGCAUACACAUGCAUGCACAGAAAUACAAACGCACAAACCCAUGUAUAUACACAUGUACACACAGACACAUGUACGUACAUACACACACGUACAUGCACACAUACACACACGUAGACACACACACACCCUAUAAAAAGUUGCAGUACUUCGUUGUUCACUCACAGAGCCGGGUACUGCACUCUAGGUGGAGGCAGAGAGCACAGCACACACUCCUUCCUUUGCUUUCACUACGCUCAGCUAUUGAGCAGUCUGACAGCUCCCAGUGCCAAUGACCGAUCCGGCCUGAGCUACGAGUCUGCUCAGCAAGACGGCCCUGGGGGACACACUCAUCCCCACCAUAAUUUCCACUUGCCAUUGGUGAGCAGGCGAAUGAAAAUUUCAAGGCCUGAUCUAGAUG